AUACGUCUGUAAACAAUGUCAACAGGAUAUCAUCAUGGACGAGGCCGAAGAAGAUUUAAAGGGAAUGCAUCUAAUCAAAGAGGCAGAAAUGGACGAAACUUGAAAUCAAGGGGACGCUUUAGGUAUAAACAAAGAAAUAAUGAAAACCUUAGUGUUGCAGAAAAAAGUGCAGACUGCAACAUAGAAAAAAAUGAAUAUGAUAUUGAAAAAGACUCAAAGAUAUUUUUCACUGGAACUGCUUCAACAGAUCAACACUUGACAGCUCAAAAUACCAAUCGUUUACGCUAUGCUGCUACAUUAGCUGUGCUUGUGAAAAGCAAAAUUCAGAUUACACAAAAUGCUUGUAUCAAGGCCUUAGCCAUGGCAUGGGCUAGAGGUGACUAUGAAAUGGCUUCUUCAUUUCUACAACUACAUUCACAUUUUGGAUUAACAGAGGUCCUCAAAAGUCUGACCAUGCUUGAUGCUGGACGCCAAGUCAGAGGGCUUGAGAAACGCCUUAAAUAUCUCCAGUUAUCAGUUAACAAAGUCAAACCACAAAAAAUUGGAAAAUUAAAAUCUGAUAUUGAUAAUUUGAACAGGUUAAAACCUCCUAUGGGCUCAGCAAGUGGAGCUAUUUGCAAGCAUGUUAGAAAAUGGGUUCAAGAAUUUAAGGCAGAAGACUUAGAAUUUUUUGCAAUCCAUUUUCCAAAAGAUCCGUGGAUAAAAUUAGCAGAUUUAUGUCAUUUAAAACCUGAGAGGGAUUUUCCAUCUGCCAAAUGGUUUUUGUCUUAUUGUUUUGGUACUGGCUCUCCUCCAGUUGAAUCAAUGGUUGAAAUAUGUCAGACAUUAAGUGAGGAAAAUGUCAAUGAUCUAAUUCAAAUAUGGGAAAUACCCUAUAGUGUCUUGAAGAAGUAUAAGGAUAAACUUAAUCCUGAGUCUAAAAGAAGAAUUGCUGAAUAUGAACCAAAACUAGACACUAUUUUGUGGUGGUAUGAAGAUUUGAGAUGCACUGAAGUAGACGAAGUUAUUUCAAAGAGACUGGAGUCUGGAGAAGAAGUCAAUUUACCAAAUGGAAAACUUCUGGAAAGAUUGCUUACAAUUUUUUUGUUGAGAAAUCCUCAUCUUGAUAAUUGCUUAAAUAAUUCAGUUGAACUUGUAAGAGAGCCUGAAAUUGAAAACUUCUUAGCCAGACUCAUUGAUGUCACAGAGCCAAGACUAACUUCUUUAAGCUUAUCGGGACAUAUAGGAAACCAUCAGUGGUUGGACGCUACAAUGACUUCAGUAAACUUGGAAUCACCUAUAGUAAUCAUAGGUGAUGCUUCAGGAUCGAUGCAGACUGCCAUUCGUACUAGUACUAUCAUUGCUAGUCUCCUCACAGUCAUUUGUUCAGCUAAACUAGUGUUUUUCAAUGAUAAAUCAAGUGAUGCACCAUUUCUACCUAAGACAGUAAGGGAGAUCUUGAAAUUGGCAGCAACAACAAUUGCAGAUGGUGGAACAACUCCUGCAGCAUCUCUGAUGCCUUUUUAUGCCAGCAAAGAAAUAGUCAAAACAUUUAUCAUAGUGACUGAUGAAGAAGAGAAUGGAGAAAUUGAUGGUUAUAGAUUUGCUCCCCUCUACAAAAAGUACUUUGAAGAAGUCUUCCCGGCAAACUUAGUAUUUGUGUCUUUCCUUCGUAAUCAGCAUUCUAAAGGUCAAAUGAUCACUGCCCUUAAUGAGUUAGGAUAUCAUCCUAAACAGAUAAAACUGGAAACAUCAAGACCAGACUUAACAAAACUGGAUGAUCUGUUUGCUCAAAUGUCCGCUGUGACAACAUCUUCCUUCAUAGAUCAGUUAAAUGAAGCAGAGUCAUUAGCCAAAAGUCUGGGAAUCAGCCAUUUGUACAGCACUAUAAAGGAUAAUGAUGGAUAUAAAACUGACAUAGACACAGGAACUCAUUAACUUUAUGUUGCAUUAUAAACCUAUCAUUUCAUAAGAUUUCUUUGAAAUACUUGCAGGGGUUGAAGUUAACUUUAUAACAAAAUGGAUUACUAGGAAAUGUUCUGAUAAAAAAGCAUUUCAUUGAUCCCUACAAAAUGUUAAUUUAAAGUACUUUAAAUCAUCAGUUUUUCAGUAGUCCUCAUAAGUGGAAAUGUUGAAAUUAACUUUGUAUGGUUUCGAUCUCAAAAACUAGUAAAGAAAUUGAAAAUCCUAUUUCUUGAUAUCUUGGUGCUUGCAAAGUUAAGGUGCAAAUGUCUUCAGUUUAUCUUCUGAAAGUGAAUCAUUUUUAUUUUAAAUUAAAUAUGUAAACCGUUUUUAAAAUUCCUCUUUUCAGCUUUCAAACUCUUCAUGGGUUAAGGGUGGGUGGGCGUACAUGGAUCUCCAAAAUGGCUAUAACAAUUUUCCUAUAAAUUUGACAGGUUAUGUAUAUCUUCGUGAAAAGAAUUACUAACUAAUUGGCUAACAAUUAGUUGGGUAAAAGUAAAGGCAGUUGGUUGUUGUACCAGGUACUGGCUACAUGACAGCCUCAUCUGCCCCAUAGAUUGCAGGGCCUGAAAGGGAAACUUUACUUUUUUUUUUUAAUUUAUAAUAAUAAAAUUCAAUUUGGUUUGGAGAUCAAGACAAUCUUUAUUUUAAACACACAUUUGUCAGCGGGCAUUUCUGAAUGUCUUCAUUAAAGAGUUAAAUAAAUUUGUAAAUUUGAGGAACAUUUUGCCUACUGCCUUCUAAAUGUGGAUCUCAUCACCAAACUAGAAUCUUCUAUAUCAUAUAUCUAUAUGCAGAAUUCUAGUCUAGACUACCGUGGUUUUUUAAUGUUGCCAUGUCUGGAUCUGUAUCCAAACUAGAAUCUUACAUACUCUAAGUAGAUUUAUACAUGGCUAUGAACAUGGAUUUUUUUCUAUCAUUCAUUAGUUAGUAUGAGUAAAGGAGGCCAAUUGUUCUUACAAAACGUUAUCAGCUACAUAAAUAUUAAUAGUAAAAAAAACAAGGAAGAUUAUGGUAAGAAAGGGAAGGUGAUUAGUUUAUAACAUAUUUAAUAAGCCCACAGUUUUGUUAUUUUUCCAAAAAGUUAUACAAAUGUAUACAUAUAUUAAUGUGUUUUCAGUUUUCUACUAAUAAUUUACAUAUGUUUAUUUUUGUUUUGAAAAGAAAAGAAUGCAUUUUGUUGAUGCACAUAAGACACAUUUUUUAAAAACAGAUUUAAUAGGUAGUAUUUAGGAUUAUUUACUACCAGUGUCUUCAUGAACAAAAGUCCCUUAGACACUUAUACUAAGGGAAGGAAUUUCUUGAAGAGGCCAUAUACCAAACCCUAUUGGUCAACCAUCAAUCAUGAUUAUUUAAUAAUAAAAAGCAGAUGAAACUGUAUGAAAUUAAGCUAAUCUAUAUUUUUCACAUUCAAAGUCUGUUAUGAUAAUCGUCACUUUGUGGUCAAUUCAUGGUCACUAUUAUAAAUGCGUUUUAGAUAUGAGUUGGCCUGUAUAUUUGACAUGUUUUAUUUGGCAUACUAGUAAGGGCUGCAAAGAAAUGUGUGUAACACAAACUCCCUUGUCAGUUGAUUUUGAUUUGUUUAAUAUCACAAAAUUAAUGCCUAUUUUUGUUGGUGACAAUGGCCAUAACAGAUUAUUGGGGUGGGGGAGAGAAUGGAGCAGGGUAAAACAAAUGUUCCAUUUUUUAAAAUCUAACAUUCAUGAGUUAUUAAGAGAAAGUAAUAGUUCAAUGAGAUGUAUAAAGGAGGUGUUGUCUUGAAAAAAAAAGUAUUUUUUAAAAAUGUUUUUCUUGUUUUAAGAACAUAUAAGUAACUUGACUUUGUACAUGAAUGGCCUAAUAUUGAGCCCUAGGCCUAUACAGCAGCGCUACGAGUCUUCUCUUUUCUUCCCUCCGGUGCAGUUCUAGUGAAUGGUUUUCCCACUCCUGGCCAUGGAGGAUUAUUAAUUUUGAUUUGAUUUGAGAAGAACCUUGUCAAUACCAUGUUGAGCUAAGGCAGGCAUGUCAAACUCCUUAAGGUUUAUGGGCCACACAAAAAACUAACAAUGACCUGUUGGGCCGCAACCCAAAAUCAGUUGGAAAACAAAGCCUACGAAUUUUAUGAAAAUUAGAAACAGUACAAUAGAAUACAAGAAUUAAUGGUAUACCUGCUCCUUAGUUAGCUAAAUUUGUAUUACUAUAGGUAUUGUUGAUUAAAAAUUACUAUGAUUACGCAUUA